GGGCGGUGGUUUGGAGCGAGGGUAGCGCGUUGAACUGAAAGCCGCUCGGUCCAGUACAAGGCCUGCAGUCCGGUGGGAAUCUGGGGGCCUGCAGGCUGGUGUCCGGUGGGAAUCCGGGGGCCUGGACAGGUGUGGGUCCUUAGGGGAUGGAUCGCGUGUGGAGUGCGUGGUGCGGGAAGUGCGUCAAAGAGAAAGGGUCGUCACCACUUUGGGCCCAGCGCAUCGUGGUCGCCUGGCUCAGUAGGGCCGAGUGGGAUCAGGUGAUGGUAUAUCUGUUCUGUGACGACCAUAAAUUGCAGCGGUACGCCCUGAACCGCAUCACCGUGUGGAGAAGCAGGUUAGGCAACGAACUCCCCCUGGCAGUGGCUUCUACUGCUGACCUGGUACGCUGUAAGCUCAUGGAUGUAACUGGUGGCUUGGGCACUGAUGAACUUAGACUGCUCUAUGGCAUGGCAUUGGUCAGGUUUGUGAAUCUCAUUUCCGAGAGGAAGACAAAGUUUGUCAAGCUCCCUCUCAAGUUCCUGGCUCAGGAGGUAAACAUUCCGGAUUGGAUUGUUGAACUUCGCCAUGAGUUGACUCACAAGAAAAUGCCCCAUAUAAAUGACUGCCGCAGAGGCUGUUAUUUUGUUCUGAAUUGGCUCCAGAAGACGUACUGGUGCCGCCAACUGGAGAAUAGCCUGAGAGAAACCUGGGAGUUGGAGGAGGAUAGGGAAGAGACAGAUGAAGAAGACCAAGAGGAAGAUAAAAACAUUGUUGUUGAUGACAUCACAGAACAGAGAACAGAGCCUAAGGAUAAGGGGAAAGGUGCAGAACUGGAUGUCAGGGUUGAUGGAAACAGUGAAAGCAACAAAGAGGUUGAUUCACAUUGGGAAAAGGCUCUGAGACAUAAAGAGCUAUAUGAAAGAGCCCGAGAACUGCUGGUAUUAUACGAAGAGGAGCAGUUUAAGUUGUCUCUGGCCCAGUUCCAACAAAAUGCCCCACUGUACAUCUCAGUAUUGGGGUGUCUGGUGAUUGGGAGCCACAGGAAAUUCAAGAGAAGGAGGGAGAUGGAAGAAGAAAAUAAAGUCUGGCAUUUGAAGGUGCUUGAGAAAUUUAGGUAUUUACCUCAGGCUGUUAAGGCAUGGAACAACCUGUCUCCACCUGUAGAAUGCAUCCUGGCAGAGCUCAAGGGCAUUACAUGUGAGAACAGGGAGGCUGUGUUGGAUGCUUUUCUGGAUGAUGGCUUUCUUAUCCCCACAUUUGAACAGUUGGCAGCUUUGCAGAUAGACUAUGAAGAAAACAUGGACUUGAGUGACAUCCUGGUGCCAAAGCCGUUUUCUCAAUUCUGGCAGCCCCUGCUCAGGGGUCUGCACUCCCAGACCUUCACGCAGGCCCUGCUAGAGAGGAUGUUCUCCGAGCUGCCAACCUUGGGGGACAGUGGGAUCCGGCCCACCUACAUCCUCAGAUGGACCAUUGAACUGAUUGUGGCUAACACCAAGACUGGACGGAAUGCUCGCCGAUUUUCUGCAAGCCAGUGGGAAGCAAGAAGGAGCUGGAGGCUAUUCAACUGCUCUGCUUCCCUUGACUGGCCCCGGGUGGUUGAGUCCUGCUUGGGCUCACCUUGCUGGGCUAGCUCCCAACUCCUUCAGCUUGUCUUCAAAGCCAUGGGACAGGUCCUGCCAGAUGAGGAGCAGGAGAAGCUGCUGCGAAUCUGUUCCAUUUACACCCAGAGUGGAGAAAACAGCCUAGUACAGGAGGGUUCAGAGGCCUCCCCCAUUGGGAAGUCUCCAUAUACACUGGACAGCCUGUAUUGGAGCUUCAAACCAGCUGGUUCCAGCUUUGGAUCUGAAGAACCCCAGCAGCAGGAGGAGCAGGGCAGCCUUAAUGAUCUCCAGAAAAAUGAAGAGGAGAAAGAGGUAUUGGAAAAUCAGGUGGAGGAGGAGGAAGAGGAAAACGAUGACCAGAAGUGGGAUGAGGAGGAGGAUGAAGAUGAUGAUGAUGAAGAGGAGGAGGAGGAGGAGGAGGAGGAGGAGGAGGAGGAGGAGGAGGAGGAGGAGAGAAUGGAGGUAGAGCCUUUCUCUGCUGAGGAGUCUUCCACUGCUGAGAAUUCCAGGCUCCUGGCCCAGAAAACAGGAGCUUUACAGGGCUCUGCAUGGCAAAUUAGCUCUGAAGAUGUACGAUGGGAUACCUUUCCCUUAGGCCUAAUGCCAGGUCAGACUGAGGACCCAGCAGAGCUUAUGCUGGAAAAUUAUGACACCAUGUAUCUUUUGGACCAGCCUGUGCUAGAGCAGCGGCUGGAACCCCCAACAUGCAAGACUGGCACCCUUGGCUUGAGCUGUGGCAUGGGCAGUGACAACUGCAGCAACAGUAGCAACGGCAGCAGCAACUUGGAGGGCCUUCUCUGGAGCCAGGGCCAGCUGCAUGGACUCAAAACUGGCCUACAGCUCUUCUGAUACCCAUUCUGGUGUAAAGUGUUUAUUCAGCCCUGCUGGGGCAACAACCCAUUCCCUGCCCCUUUUGUCCCUCACUCCUGCCCUUCUUGUCCCCUUGCUCUUCCCCCAGUGCACUUGACGCUCCAUGAAACAACCUGGAAGACAGUCCAUAUCAGCCGUAUCAGCUCAACUUUCCAUCAGAGUGGAAUUUUGACUGUUUUGGUUUUUUUUUAAUUUUGUUCUGAGAAACAAUAAAAAAUAAACAGUUUUGAUGUUUGUUA